GAGUGAAUGUAACAGUUCCAGUACGCCCAUGGAGUGUAGGCUGAAACUGAAGAAGGAGGACGGGUCCAAGCCGUUUGAUGCCACUCUGUACAGAAGCGUGAUCGGGAGCUUGCGGUAUUUGGUCCACACUCGGCCAGAUAUAGCCCACGCUGUUGGGAUUGUCAGCCGCUUCAUGGAGGCUCCAAGAACUAGCCAUUGGGCUGCAGUGAAGCAAAUACUGAGGUACGUUCAAGGCACUAAGCAGUAUGGAUGUCGCUACACAGCAGGAAAUGGGAGUGCAACACUUCUUGGAUACAGCGAUAGUGAUCACGCCGGGGAUUUGGUUGACCGCAAGAGUACAUCAGGGCAAGUUUUCUUCCUUGGGCAGAACCCUGUCAGUUGGACCUCCCAGAAGCAGAAGGUUGUGGCGAUCAGCUCGUGUGAAGCAGAAUAUGUCGCGGCUGCAGCAGCUACUUGUCAGGGCAUUUGGCUGAGCCGUCUUGUUGCUGAACUGCUGGGGACUAAGCCAGAAAAGUUCACUCUGCUGGUGGACAAUAAAUCUGCAAUAGCACUAGCAAAGAAUCCCGUUUUUCAUGAUCGGAGCAAACACAUCGACGUGAAGUUUCAUUUCAUUCGAGAUUGCGUCGAGGAGAGGGUACUGGAGAUCGAGCAUGUGGGAACCCAAAAUCAGCUGGCUGAUAUUCUAACUAAGGCACUGGGAAGAGUGCGCUUCUUUGAGAUUCGUCAGAAGCUGGCGGUCAUGGAGGGGAGCUGGAAUACAUGAGCUUAAGGGGGAGAAAUGUAGUCUAAGCCUAAGCUCAUGCAUGAUAAGAUAGCGUUUGUUUUCUGUUUAAAAUAAGUACAUGCAUGCGGUCGAUGUGACGCGUCCAUGCAGCUAGCUAGUGGGACGGUGUGGCAUGUUUGCACACGAUCCCGUUUCCUUUCUUUUCUCCCGGACGUGGUAGACGCUGUGUGACGCAACCGUGGGAUGGCGCGGUAACUGCGGAUCAUAGCGAGUCAUCCGGGAGAAUAGUUAGCCUCUGAGCUUUGUAAUCGCACGAGAUAAGGAAUGAAAAAACAGAAAGCGC